AUGGCAGAAGAAGGAAAAGAAAUGGCAAUUUUUCUCGUCAUUAUCCUAGCAACGUUCCAGGUAACUCAAGGCACCUCCAUCACAGGCGCCAACACAACCCCAGAAUCCCCGGGAGGCCAGCGCUUCGACUCUGUCAUGGGAGUAGAUGGAGCCCUCUCCAUCCUCGCCGACGCCAUGGCCUUCGUCCAGCUUGGCUUCGAGUAUAUGAGCCCCGACACACCCAAGAAGGAGAUUGACACCAUCCACUUCACAGUGGACGGCAUGCCUGGGGUGGCCUACGCCAUUGGUGUGGAGAUCCAUCUCAGCGCACACUUUGUGGCAGAGCUUAACAAGAAGCUAUAUGAUGGGUGGAGUGAAAGCUACUUCCAGGAUUUGACUGGAAAGAGUGUGGAUCAGUUGUGGAGCGAUUACAAACAGAAAUUUCAAUGA